GUCUUUCUAAUAUCUCAUCUUUAUCUCUUAGAAAUCUUUAGCCUUUCUUAUUUGACUCUCUCUUCUUCUUCAACGCACCUGAUAACACAUUUCUAAACUCAUCCAAGAUCUUCUUCUUUGUUGAAAAUCUUGCAUACCCCACUUACAUUUAUUCAUUGGUAUCUUUUUAUAUUAUACAUCCGACAUUGAUUGGAACCAAAAAAAUUAAAAUUAGAAAAUACUAUUCUGAAAGUGAUAAAUUAUAACUUAUUGGCCAUAGCCCAUAAUUUGAUUGUGACAUCAUUUGGGUUGUCUUCUUUAGAUGUUACCUGUAUUCUUUGUAAUAAAGGAAUAGGCUCACUCGAGCUUGUCAGUCACUGUGUAUUGCCCAAAUGGAAGAGGAAAAGGAAAGAGAAAAGAAUAGCAGCAGUCUCGUUUUUGCUGUUAACGGACAGAGGUUUGAGCUCUCUUCUGUUAUUUCAUCAACUACUGUGCUCGAGUUCUUGCGUACCCACACACCCUUCAAGAGUGUCAAGCUUGGAUGUGGUGAAGGUGGUUGUGGUGCUUGUACUGUUCUGCUAUCCAAGUAUGAUCCAAAGCUUGACCAAGUUGAUGAUUUUACCAUAAGUUCAUGUCUCACACUGCUUUGUAGUAUAAAUAGAUGUUCAAUUACAACAAGUGAAGGCCUUGGUAAUAGCAAAGAUGGGUUCCAUUCAAUUCACCAAAGGUUCGCAGGAUUCCAUGCUUCUCAAUGUGGUUUUUGUACUCCUGGAAUGUGCAUGUCACUCUUUGGGGCUCUUGUUAAUGCUGAAAAGACUAUUAGACCAGAGCCCACUCCAGGAUUUUCCAAGAUGACAGUCAUUGAAGCUGAAAAAGCUAUUGCAGGAAAUCUCUGUCGUUGUACUAGAUAUCGACCUAUUGCUGAUGUAUGCAAAAGUUUUGCAUCAGAUGUUGAUAUGGAGGAUUUGGGAUUUAAUUCAUUUUGUAGAAAGGGGGAGACGCAGGAAGUAAAGAGAAGUAGGUUACCAUUUUAUGAUCGUAAUCACGAGAUUUGCACUUUUCCAGAAUUUUUAAAAGGAGAAGUCAAAUCUUCCCUGCUUUUGGAUUCUGAAAAGAGAUGUUCUUGGCACCAGCCUUCUAACUUUCAGGAGCUUGAAAGUUUAUUAAAGAACCAUAAUAAUGGCGUUCAUAUGAAACUAGUAGUUGGAAACAUGGGAAUGGGUUAUUAUAAGGAAUCAGAAAACUAUGACAAAUAUAUCGAUAUUAGGCAUAUUCCUGAGCUCUCAAUGAUCAAGAAGGAUCAGAGAGGAUAUGAAAUUGGCGCAACUGUGACAAUUUCUAAAGUUAUUGAAGCUUUGAAUGAAGAAAAUAAAGGUGAAUAUACCUCAAAAAGUAAGAUGAUGUUCAACAAAAUUGCAGUCCAUCUAGAGAAAGUUGCUGCCAAAUUUGUCCAAAAUACAGGCAGUAUCGGGGGAAAUUUGGUGAUGGCACAAAGAAAACACUUACCUUCAGAUGUUGCUACAAUACUUCUUGCUACUAACUCGUUUGUUAAUAUAGUUUCUGGUAGUAAGCAUGAAAAGCUUACCUUGGAGGACUUUAUGGAAAUGCCUCCUUUGGACAAAAAAAGUGUGCUCGUAAGUAUUAAAAUUCAAAAUCGUGAAUCAUUCAAGGACACGUCUCCUGACAACAACAGUGAGCUGUUAUUUGAAACCUAUCGAGCUGCACCACGGCCCCUCGGAAAUGCUUUAUCUUAUAUGAAUGCUGCUUUCCAAGCCGAAGUCUCUAAAUCAAAAUCAUCUAGUGAAAUUGUGUUAAAUAGUUGUCGAUUGUCUUUUGGUGCUUUUGGAACCAGACAUGCAAUUAGAGCUAGGAAAGUUGAGGAACACUUAACUGGGAAAUUGUUAACCAUGGUUGUUCUAUAUGAAGCCAUAAAAUUAGUUAAAGCUACUGUGGUACCUGAAGAUGGUACACAAGAUCCUGCAUAUAGAUCAAGCUUGGCUGUUGGUUUUCUUUUUGACUUUCUAUUCCCAUUAAUAAAUACCGGUGCUAAUGGCUGGGUGGACAGAGAUAAUGGAAUUUUAAUGUUUAAGGAAGCCGAAUCAAACGACAAAUAUGAAAGGAUUGAUCAAAUUAAUUUCCCCACUUUGCUAUCAUCGUCAAAGCAGGUGAUCCAAUUAAAUGACGAGUACCAUCCAGUUGGCGAGCCAAUUAAAAAAUCUGGAGCUUCUCUUCAGGCUUCUGGUGAGGCCAUUUUUGUGGACGAUAUUCCAUCCCCCAGAAAUUGUCUACAUGGAGCAUUCAUUUACAGUACAAAGCCUCUUGCAAGGAUAAAGGGUAUAAACUUUAAAUCCAAAUCGCUCCCAGAUGGAGUCAAAACUCUUCUUUCUUUUAAAGAUAUUCCAAAAGGUGGGGAGAAUGUUGGGUCUAUGUUUGUAUUUGGUCCUGAACCUUUGUUUGCUGAGGAAGUUACUCAGUAUGCUGGAGAGCCUCUUGCUUUUGUGCUUGCAGAUACACAGAAACAUGCAGAUGCAGCAUCAAACCUUGCAGUAGUAGAUUAUGACCUAAAAAAUCUAGAGCCUCCCAUUUUAUCUGUUGAAGAAGCAGUGAAGCAUUCUAGCCUUUUCGAGGUGCCACCUUCUGUGUUGCCCAAACAAGUUGGCGAUGUAUCAAAAGGAAUGGCUGUAGCCGAUCAUAAAAUUCUCUCUGCUGAGAUAAAGCUGGGAUCACAAUAUUACUUUUACAUGGAGACUCAGACUGCUCUUGCUGUGCCUGAGGAAGACAACUGCAUUGUGGUUUACAGUUCUAUUCAAGGCCCUGAGUUGGCACAUGUUACAAUUGCAAAAUGUCUUGGUCUUCCCGAAAACAACGUGCGAGUCCUUACAAGAAGGGUGGGAGGAGGUUUUGGUGGCAAGACCAUGAAAGCAAUGCCCGUUGUUACAGCAUGUGCACUUGCAGCACACAAGUUACAGUGCCCUGUUAGGAUAUAUCUCAAUCGCAAGACUGAUAUGAUUAUGGCAGGAGGAAGGCACCCCAUGAAAAUAACUUACAAUGUAGGAUUCAGAUCAAAUGGGAAAAUAACAGCCUUACAUCUUGAUAUCUUAAUUAAUGCUGGCAUAUUUCCAGAUGUCAGUCCAUUGAUGCCAAAAACUAUUGUGAGUGCACUUAAAAAGUAUGAUUGGGGUGCUUUAUCUUUUGAUAUAAAGGUAUGUAAAACAAAUCUUUCAAGUAAAUCGGCAAUGCGAGCCCCUGGAGACCUGCAAGGAUCAUAUAUUGCCGAGGCUGUAAUUGAAAAUGUAGCAUCUUCUCUUUCCAUAGAUGCAGAUUCAGUGAGAACCAUAAAUCUUCACACCUAUGAUAGCCUUAACUUAUUCUAUGGUGCUAGCGUAGGAGAACCUUUGGAAUAUACUUUAACUUCAAUAUGGAAUAAAUUAGCCACAUCUUCCAGCAUAAAUCCAAGAGCUGAGAUGAUAAGAGAAUUUAAUAGGUGUAAUGUGUGGAAGAAAAGAGGUAUUUCUCGAAUUCCUAUCGUGUAUGAGGUGAUGCUGAGACCAACUCCAGGAAAAGUAAGCAUUCUAAGCGAUGGGUCUAUUGUUGUUGAAGUUGAAGGAAUAGAGCUAGGCCAGGGGCUCUGGACCAAGGUAAAACAGACUACUGCAUUUGCUUUAGGUUCAGUAAAAUGUGAUGGAUCUGGAGACCUCUUGGAUAAAGUAUGAGUCAUACAAUCUGAUACCUUAAGCUUAAUUCAAGGAGGGUUGACUGGUGGGAGCAUUGCCUCUGAGUCGAGCAGUGAAGCAGUUAGACUUUGUUGUAAAGUCUUGGUUGAGAGACUGAUACCUCUAAAGGAGAGGCUGCAGGCACAAAUGGAUUCUAUAACAUGGGAGAAGUUAAUU